AUGAAAAGAUUUCACUCGAUCGUUGGUGAAAAGCCUGCCCACGAGGCUGCGGGCACUUCAAUUGAUGACCCAAAUGUUCUGCAGAUCAGAGCCGACGACAAGGAGGCUGCUCAUGCGCCCGUCAAUGAAGUGACCAGUCGUGAGGAGGCCAAGCCGAGCGACGGAGCCCAGUCUGGUGUCAAGAAGAUAGAGGCUGUGACCCUGAGUUGGACAAGGGGCGCGGCGUUCGCAGUUUUAGUACUCAUUUGGUUCCUCACGCUGGUCAACGAUUUCAGAGGCUCCAUCGUUGUAAGCUUGGAUGCUUAUGCCACGAGUUCUUUCCAAGGCCACUCGCUGUUGACCGUCAUCACCAUUGUGUCAUAUGUUAUGGGAGGCUCCGUGUACAUACCUAUGGCUAAGGCGCUAGAUCUUUGGGGCCGUGCAGAGGGUUUCCUUCUGAUGACUUUCUUCUGUAUUCUGGGCUUGAUUCUUCUGGCUUCAUCCCAGAAUCUCGCCACCUAUUGCGCCGGACAGGUAUUCUACAAGGUCGGGUUUGGUGGACUUUCCUACACCUGGAAUGUCCUUGCAGCCGAUGUGACGAAUCUACGAAACCGAGGUCUAGCGUUUGCUUUCACCUCGUCCCCUGCUUUGAUCUCCGCGUUCGCUGGUUCCAAGGCUGCGUCGGAUCUCCUUGCCGAUGCGAGUUGGCGAUGGGGCUUUGGCAUGUGGGCAAUUAUCUUGCCGGCUGUUGCUCUACCAAUCUAUGCCAUUUUGGCUUACCACCUACGCCAAGCCGAGAAAAAGGGUAUACUCGUCAAGGAGACGAAAAAUUGGAGUAUCACCCCGAAGACGAUUUGGUGGGCCAUUAUGGAAUUCGAUUUGCCCGGAGUUCUUCUGUUCGCUGGCGGGUUUGUCAUAUUCCUUCUCCCCUUUACUUUGGCGGCGACGGCGCCCCAUGGUUAUCAGACCAGCUAUAUCAUUGCGAUGCUUACUCUCGGCCUGGUGCUAAUCAUCGCUUUCGGCUUCUACGAAAUCUUUGUGGCGCCCGUGCCAUUCCUGAACUAUAAAUUCCUCACUGACCGGACCGUGCUGGGCGCAUGUCUGCUAGAUAUGACGUACCAGGUUUCUUACUACUGCUAUGCCAGCUAUCUCCCGUCUUUCUUGCAAGUAGUGUACGAGUUGGACGUCGCCACGGCUGGAUAUGUGACCAACACAUUCAAUGUGGUGGCCUUUGUCUUCUUGUUCCUCGCUGGUUGGCUGAUCCGCUGGACCGGUCGUUUCAAGUGGAUCCUUUGGAUCUGCGUUCCGCUCUAUAUCCUCGGCCUUGGUCUGAUGAUUCACUUCCGUCAACCGGGCGGAUAUAUUGGGUACAUUGUUAUGUGCGAGGUUUUCUUCUCGGCCGCCGGAAGUGUCUUCAUUCUCUGCGUGCAACUGGCGGUUCUUGCGUCCGUUGACCACCAACAUGUUGCCGCCGUGCUGGCUUUGCUGUUCGUCAUGGGCAGCAUUGGUGGCUCUAUUGGCAGCGCAAUCUGUGGAGCUAUCUGGACCAACACUUUUCUGUCGAGACUUGAGAGAAACUUACCCGAGUCCGCCGUGUCUGACUUGGCCACGAUAUAUAGUUCACUCCCCACCCAGCUCAGCUACCCAGUCGGAAGUGCUACACGGACCGCCAUUGUGGAGGCAUACGGUUAUGCCCAGGCAAGGAUGCUCAUUGCCGGUACUUCAUUCAUGGUUCUGGGCUUCAUUUGGGUUGGCAUGAUGAGAAACCUGAACGUGAAAAAUAUGACUCAGACCAAGGGUAAUGUUGUUAGCCAGGCACAGUCCGACACAGCCGAUCAAGUGGACUGCGGUUCUGUGGAUAGUCUACUCACACCUGAGCGGAUGGAGAUCCUUGCCCGCUUCGCCGAUCAAGCCUACCUUCGAUACAUCAAGUCUGCGCCGUGCCUUACCCAUCUUCCGACGGUGAUACAUGUCAACGUGUUGAACGCUCUAGCCGUGAACGCCGCGGCCCUGGGCUUGGCAGAUAUAUGGCUGCUUUGUGAAUCUUUGUCACCUUUUGGACGAAUAGGUCCCGAACCCAAACCUGUUGAAAACCCCUCUUGGCCCCAAGGCUUGCGCCCGACUAUGCUACAGCUCAACGUGCUCCACCACCCGUGGAUUGACUUGUUUCCUAUCCCACGUCUGCGAGACAAUAUUCUCUGGUCGUCUGUUUGCCAUGACGUAGUUGACGAGGACGAAUUGUGGUAUGACCUCGUUGAAAUGAAGUCGACUAAGGAUGGGAAACCGAGCCCUUCCUUAAUUGCAUGGGGCCAGCCAUGGGAUCCCCGAGGUUGGGAAGUGAGCGUGCCAUUCCUGCAAAAAUGGGGGCAUCUACUUGAAGGAUGCCCGGAGAUACUUGACUCCACAAACUUUUGGCGUGAAAAGUCGAGGAGAAAGGAGGCUUAA